CACCCAGCGACCCCGCCCCCUCCCUGGCACAGGAGAAGGUAUAGAAGAACGGAUCGCCGCGCAGCUCAGUAUUGUUCGCCCAGCACAGUGCCGCGGAGAGCGUGGAGCUAGAGACCGGCACAGAGAUGGAAAGUGGUGAAGCGGAGUUCAACAUCCUGCUGGCGACCGACUCGUACAAGGUUACACAUUAUAAACAGUACCCUCCAAAUACAAGCAAAGUAUAUUCUUAUUUUGAGUGUCGGGAAAAGAAGAUCGAAAACUCCAAAAUUAGGAAGGUGAAAUAUGAAGAAACAGUCUUUUAUGGUUUGCAAUACAUUCUAAAGAAGUAUCUAAAAGGAAAAGUGGUGACCAAAGAAAAAAUUAAAGAAGCCAAAGAGGUAUACAGAGAGCACUUCCAAGAUGAUGUUUUUAAUGAGACUGGAUGGAAUUACAUCCUUGAGAAAUAUGAUGGCCACCUGCCUAUUGAAGUUAAGGCUGUGCCUGAAGGUAGUGUAAUACCCAGAGGGAAUGUGCUGUUUACAGUAGAAAAUACAGAUCCUGAAUGCUACUGGCUCACAAACUGGGUUGAGACCAUCCUUGUUCAGACUUGGUACCCAAUCACUGUUGCAACAAACUCAAGGGAACAGAAGAAAAUUCUUGCGAAGUAUUUGUUGGAAACCUCUGGUAGCUUAUGUGGUCUUGAGUAUAAAUUGCAUGACUUUGGCUACAGAGGCGUUUCCUCACAAGAGACUGCAGGAAUUGGAGCUUCAGCUCACCUUGUGAACUUCAAAGGAACAGAUACUGUGCCAGGAAUAGCACUGAUAAAGAGAUACUAUGGAACAAAGGAUCCAGUUCCUGGAUUUUCUGUGCCAGCUGCUGAACACAGUACGAUAACAGCCUGGGGAAAAGAUCACGAGAGGGAUGCUUUUGAACAUAUUGUAACACAGUUUUCUUCAGUACCUGUUUCUAUAGUCAGUGAUAGUUAUGAUAUUUACAAUGCCUGUGAAAAAAUCUGGGGGGAAGAUUUAAGGAGUUUAAUUGAAUCAAGAAGUCCAGAUGCUCCUUUGAUAAUACGACCAGAUUCUGGAGACCCUCUUGAUACAGUUUUAAAGGUGCUUGAAAUUUUAGGAAAGAAGUUCCCUUUUGCUGAAAACUUAAGAGGUUACAAACUUUUGCCUCCUUACCUUCGAGUAAUACAGGGAGAUGGUGUGGAUAUAAACACUCUGCAAGAGAUUGUAGAAGGAAUGAAGAAACAUAAGUGGAGUAUUGAGAAUAUUGCAUUUGGCUCUGGAGGAGCUCUGCUACAGAAACUUACCAGGGACCUUUUAAACUGCUCCUUUAAAUGCAGCUAUGUGGUGACCAACGGCCUUGGGGUAAAUGUCUUUAAAGACCCUGUAGCUGAUCCAAACAAGAGAUCAAAGAAAGGACGUUUGUCCCUUCACAGAACACCUGCAAAUGAAUAUGUGACUCUUGAAGAAGGGAAAGGUGAUCAGGAGGAAUAUGGGCCAGACCUUCUCCGCACAGUGUUUAAGAAUGGCAAGAUAAUUACAUGUUACUCGUUUGAUGAAGUAAGAAGCAAUGCUGGGCUGAAAAGCGGAGAAAUUGAAGAAGAGAUUCACUAGAUUCUGUAGUGUAUCAUUUAUGUGUAAAUCUUAGCUUUAUUUGUACAAAACAGUGUGGCUAUUUCUGUGUUACCAUUUUUUAUGCUGGUUUGUCAAUCCUUUUUAUUUUUAAUGUUUUGACUUCCAUACCAAUAUCUUAGCAUUUUGGUGAUCUGCACAGAAUAGGUGUAAAAUUGAUUCUCCCCUCCCCCCUCCUCCAACAAGGAUACACUUUUUUUGUCUGUCUGUUUGGGGUUUUUUUUUUUUGUAUAGCAAAAACUGUAAAAUAUGUAAUUUUAAAUGGUUCCAUGUCUGUGCUUGUAAACUUUGUUUUACAAGCACUAAUUUAGCAAACACUGCUUGGAAAACCUUAGAUAACACGGUUUUAUUUCAUUGUUAAAUCCAAGUUUAUAUACUUCUAUCAUCUCAUUUAGAUAUUUUAUAAACUAAACAACUAAAGCUUUAGCCAGCUGCUAGAUACAUUUUAUUUGCCUUAUAUAGAACACUAAUCUCUAAGUGUUUCUUACUAAAGGAAAUUACAGCCUUUAUGUGGCAAAUGUAAUUAUGUACUGCAGAUAUUGUGUGUAUUAUCAAAUGUACUGUGCUUCAUCUAUACAUACAGCAAUAGAGCAAGGUUUAAGCUAAGUAAAUCAGUUGUUCACAUACGUACUGCACAUGAUUUAAUCACGUAAUAUCACAUUGGAUUAUUCAGAGGUCUACUACACAUUGUCUUCAAUAUUUUUUUCCAACAAUCUUGAUUUAGUCUGCAUAUUGGGUUGUGGUACCAGGAAAGCCAAAGACUAAUGGUCAAUACAGUUGUCAUGUACAGUCAUAUAUUAAGGUUUCCAUUAGACAUUUAAGUGGACCUUGACCUAUAAUUUAGGUGAGUGCUCUGGCAAAAAUGUAGCCAAUGAAAUCCCCUUACCAGCUGUUUAAAACAUCAUGGUCCUAUAGUUGGUGCUUCUGUGGUUUAGGACCAAUUUAUUCUGUAUAAGUGCUCAGGAUACUUCUCUUGGCUAAUUGCAGAUGGGUUUUAAGUAGACACCUUGCAGUUGAUUGAAUUGCUGCUUGGCUUUAAGUCCUCAGCAUUAAAACACUUUAAAUGCAGACUGUUACUUGAGCAAUACUUGGUUCUAUUAGGAAAGUGAAGGAUUAAAUGGAUGUGACAGCCGGCAAGAGUAAUUCCUGACUGAUUUGUUGUCUAGGUAUGAGGGAAGGGGGGUGGCAUCGCAGCACUGUUCCUACAGAUAGUUCUAUAAAACUUAACGCUGUUGAACUAUUUCUACAUUUUAAAGAACACUUUAUUGGUGCUACACUAGAUCUAUAAUUAUGCUGCAUUAGCUGAUUGAGCACUUCUGUAAUCAUUGUGUAUAUACUGGGAGAAUCAAAUGGUCAGUUUAUUUUUACUAAAUGUAAUCCAUAAAAAAUAAAAAGGUCAGAAGUGGAGUUCAACAGUAAAAUCGGUGUAUCUUUUUGCAGCUGUAAGGAUUGAUGGAUCCAAAUUGACUAUUACUUUGCAUGUGAUCCUCUGCGGAGCAUGCGCAGUGGAAAUUGCGGCAAGAUACGCUAUGAUAACAGGUGUACGUUCACCUGCCUCAUAGUGUACAUUGUUUCAGUUCAGUAGCUACUAGGCAUAUGGACUGGACUUCAAAAUGUAGUUGUCCAGUGAGAAACUUCAGUUAUUUUCUGAGUGGUUAUAAUGUCUACUAUCCUCUACUACACAACACACAAAGGCGAAAGCUUUAAUUUAAAGUCUAUUUCAUAGAAAUCAGGAUUUUUUUAUUUUUUAUUUUUUUAAUGGUCUUUCUCAAACAUUUGAAAAUAUACAGAUCAGAUGUCUGAAAAAUCAAUGAGUCUUAUGGAUGAAUUUGGCAAAUUGAUCUUGGAAAUCACCAGAAAUAUCAAUUGUAGACCCUGUAUUAGCUCAAACAAUUUAAUCAAACUUUCAUGCAUCUACAGUAAAUGAGCCAGUUAAUGUCAAUGUGAAAAGCUCAUUCUGGGGAGUUGUCCAUUGCAAGCCAAACAGGCAAGAUUUAGAAAAGGCAAACACUUUUGAUUUAUCAGGAGAAUUCUAAAUGAUCCUGGCUGAUGAAGAAAACUACUAUGGAAAUUCCAUUAAAAUUAAUGGUAAAAUCUGUUUAACUCUGUUAAAUAAAAGGACACUGCUAAAAAUUGUUGCUUUAUUGAUUUAUAGUAGUGAUAGAAAAUCUACUAUACUUCAGGGACCACACGGGUGACUAACCUUCCAAAGAGCCACACAUUACGUCCUAAUGUUUGUAAGAAGUUAAAACAAUACAUUUUAAUCAAAGAAAUGUAUCUCUUUAACAUGUGACAUUGGCUUAUAAGGACUGCUGACAAGCAAAUAAAUCUUAUAAUAAAACAGAAACUGAAGCUAGAUUAGAAUGCUGGUGCAAAGAAAUCUGAGGUUUUUGCUUGUGAGGUGUGGGUUACUCUCCCCCCCCCCCCCCCCCCCCCCCCCAUCAAUUAAAAGUGCCAUAAACCACCAUGACACAAAGUUGUAAAAUAGGUUUUUAGAAACACCCCCCCCAAUAUAUCUCAUUUGACAUAGGAAUAUGGUGUACAAGUGUCAAAAUAAUGGGAUUACAGCCAGAAUAGUUUAAAGGACAAAUCCUCCUUAGUCAAACAUGUCGCUACUGUAUGUUUAGCAAAUGGGGAGAGGUAUGUGAUCACGAUGUUACCUGAAAGCUGUGGGCUAGCUUACAGUACCUACACUACUACAGUUCUGUCCAUGCCCUUAUAGAGAAUUCUAGAAACUUUUCCACACAUUUCUAUUAAGUACCCAUGCUUUUUGAUUCAAACGAAGGGUGCGUGGGAUCACUUAUUCUAAUGUAGAGGCAUUUAUUUUUCCAGAAAGGGCAGUCCUUUAAUAUGUGGUUUGCAGAUGGUUGAUAAAUCUUACAUUUAUACCUGCACAUAAGUGACAUUACCUAAGAUAGGUACUAGAGCAAUUAUCAAAAUCUAGAAUUGUUUUUUGAAAAUUGUUUGCUCCAUAUACUGAUCAGGCAUAAAUAAUUGUUAAUGUUAGAAUUGUUUUGUGUGUUAAUCUAUUUUUGUAUGUUUGUCUCUUAUAUAUUUUUUUUUUUUUUUUUAUAAAUUCUAUUUUUUAUUUAUUUAUUUUUAUUUACACCUAACUUGCCUUCUUAGCUUUUUCUGAAAGGUUUAUAUGAAUGGAAAAUGUGUUGUUUUUUUUUCUAAUAUAAUAGCUGGUUUCCUAAAUUUGUCUUUGCAGUGUCCAAAUCAAUAACUGUAGUGGAAUGGGUGUUUACUGCCUCAACUUAGUAAAGGUUAUUUGAGUAACAAAUUCUCCAGCAUGACUAUUGUCACACAAACCUUCACGCUGACGUAUGCUGCACUUUUUGCCUCCUUUUGUUCAUUCAUUUUAGGUACAGCUACGAUUGUGUUUUUAGGGGAUGUAAGCGCACCUGUCAUCUUAACCUAUGCCAAGUGAUCAGUUUUAAUCCAUUAAAAUAUUAGACUAUGUAGAUGUUGGUAUACAUAUGCAUUUAAAAUGGAAUGCACCAGAGCUGAUCUGGAAUGCAUGCGUUAAUGUAUGCACUCAGUUUAGUUGUGUUGUAGUUAGUAUACUGUAUACUUAUCCACAUAAAGCAAAAUAGAGUACUUUGUUCACACCGUAGGAGGCAAAUGUGGCAAAAAAAACAUACUCUCUCACCCUAAACCUUUGGCUAUAGACCCUUUUCCAUGCAGACAGGCUCUGCCGCUUGAUGCUUAGGUCUAUAUUCCUGCAGUGUUGGAUUUAAAGCUUUGGCUUCAGAGUCAUUUCAAUAUAUAUAUAUAUAUAUAUAUAUAUAUAUAUAUUUUAGUAUUUGUUUGGUGUGUUUUUUUUGUUUUGUUUUUCUCAUUCCUUACAUCAAAAGUGUAUAUUUGGUUAUUUUGUUAUGGCUUUUAAAAAAAAAUUAUAAUAAUAAUUCUCCAAAUAUAAAGCUACCUUCCUGAUAUUUUUAUAUGAGAACUGCAUUAUGUUUCUUUUUAUGUAACAUCGUUUUUAAAUGAUCCACUUGUCUUGAUAUUGUUGUAAACACGCACUGAACGUAAUCUGUGUACAUAAUGUAUUUUAAAUAACAUUAGUACAUUUUUGAUUCGAAUUGCUUCUAGAGUAAUUUUAUGGGUUUUUAUUUUAUUUUUUUUCAUUUUGAUAAACCCAUUAAACUUUAUAUCUUACAUCUGCAGCCGUGUGUGUGUGUAUACAUACACACCCAUAGGUAAAAUUUUAAUUGUUUUGGAUUAUUCAUAUCAGACUUGGGCAACCUGUGGCUCUCAGACUAAACCCUUUCGGUAGCAAUAGACAAAAGAUAAGCCAGUUCUCAGCCGUACCAUAUGUUAUAUAGCCAGGGCGAAUGGCUUUGUUCAGUCACGGGUUCCCUGCCUUUGAUUAGGUGAUAUGGAUAAUGAAAGGUUUUGCAGUAUUAAAUCUCAUAAGACGAAUGAGCCUUCCUCUUUUGAUUUACAUAUGCCUUUUCAUAAUUUUUCUCAGUACAUUUCUAUAAAUUGAAACAAAUUGAAUAGCAAGGCUUGUGUGGGGAUUGAAAUUCCAUUUUAUUUGUGAUCUUUUAUGUAAUGUUCUAAAUUUUAUAGAAUAUAUAUUUUGCUGAUCUACACUGUUAGGACAUUUGAUGCAAAUAAUAUUUGUAAAGUAAUGUCUAUAAAGUAUUGGAACGUUACAUGCCCUAUUACUGAAAUUCAAGGUGGUCAUUUCUAGAUUUUACAUUCCUGAAACUGUAUGUGGAAUGUGAUGUUCCAACACUUAUAUUCUGUUUGGUUUUAUUUCAAUGUAAUAUGUCUAUACAGUUUUCAUGUAUUUAAAUAUGAAAGACAAUAAAACUGUACCUUCCAAAUGCAAA